CAGCGCCGUACCAAGCGCAUUCUCCGCCUACUUUUCAUAUUCUGCCGGUCAGUGACACAACUACGUGUAAUGGUGCGUUAGCGUUAGUGCAGAAUUAGUGCAUAUUCGUGCAAUUCAUGAAUAUAAAAUUCCAAGUCGAGCACAAAUUAACAGAAUAAGGAGAAAUGUUCAAGUUUAUUAAGGCCAAAGGGCCGCAUCCCAGCGCCGAACGCCAGAAGCUCCAAAAAGACCUUUUCUGUUACCGGAGGACGUUGCAACACGGAUUCCCCCACAAACCCACCGCACUAGCAUGGGAUCCCUCAUUGCGCCUUCUUUGCAUUGGAACGGCCACAGGAGCCGUCAAGGUCUUCGGACGUCCAGGUGUCGAAUUUUAUGGUCACCAUCAGAACCCCAUUGCUGUAACCCAAGCCGUCUUCCUGCCAAACCAAGGCCGUGUGGUCACUCUAUGUGACGACAACUCCCUCCACCUGUGGGAGGUGAACAAAAGUAGUUUGGUUGAAGUCAAAUCGCAAGCCCUCGAAGGCAAAUUGAAAAAAAUUUCGACCAUGUGCGUCGAAACUGCUGGAAAACAUCUACUUCUAGGCACAGAGGGUGGGAAUAUUUACCUUUUGGAUUUGGCAAGCUUUACGAUGACACCUGAUAUAAUUUAUCAGGAUGUGGUGAUGCAAAAUAGCGGGAAUAUUUUCGGUCGGAAGCAUUUGUUGAACAUUUGUCGCACGUUUAAAGUAAAAGUGGCGACGUCAAAUGUGCCUCAGGAUUACAAACUGAAUCCGGGUGCCGUUGAGGCUAUUUUUGAACAACCGGAACAUCCCGAUCAUAUACUGAUUGGGUACAAUAGAGGACUGAUUGUUUUGUGGAAUCGUAGCGAUAACACGUCCAUCAAAACUUUUGUUUCAAAUCAACAGUUGGAGGCGCUUUGUUGGCACGAUGAUGGAAAGACAUUCACAAGCUCACAUAAUGAUGGCAGCUAUAUGGUUUGGGAUCUGGACCAAAACAAGCCAAUGCAAGACCCUGUCACAACAUACGGCCCUUUUGCAUGUAGAGCCAUUCCAAAAAUAAUAAGAAGAGAACUUAGAGGCAAACCUCUGAUUGUUUUUUCCGGUGGUCUACCUCGGUCCAGCGGCAGUGACAAAUACACCGUUUCGGUUAUUCAUGACGAGCAACAUGUCGCUUUUGAUUUCACAAGUAAGAUCGCACGUCAAAAUUCUGAUUCAGAGGAAGAGUCGUUUGGGAAUGAGGUGAUAGACUUUAUAGUCAUCGAUUCCAAAGCAGAAGAGCAAGAAGGUGAAGAGAAUGUCGUAACAAAUGGCACAAGCAGUGGCGAACCUGAUGCUCUUGUCGUAUUGGCCGAAGAAGAAUUAGUAGUGAUCGAUAUUUCAACAAAAGAUUGGAAGAUGAUAAAUCUACCGUAUUUAGUUUCGCUACAUGCAUCUGCAGUUACUUGUAGUCAACACGUUUCUGGUGUUCCCGAAGAGCUUUGGGAACAACUAAAAGAAGCAGGCAAAGCUCAAACCAACAACAUUUACUCUUCCCGAUCGUGGCCUAUCGACGGUGGCAAACUCCUAUGUUCGAAAGGUUCCGAACCGAAGCGAGAACUUUUACUAACGGGUCAUGAAGACGGCACUGUUCGGUUUUGGGAUGCUGGUGGUGUGACUCUCACUCCGAUUUACAAAUUUAGUACAGCGAUGUUUUUCACUGGUGAUGAUUUAGAAGAGGCUGUUCCUGAUCCUGAAGAUGUGGAUGAUGAUUGGCCACCGUUUCGUAAAAUUGGAGUUUUUGAUCCGUAUUCGGAUGACCCACGAUUGGCUGUUAAGAAAGUUGUUUUGUGUCCGCUUUCGGGAAGUUUGAUUGUUGCCGGAACUGCUGGGCAUGUGGUGGUCGCUAAAUUUGAUACUGAAGUGUUGGAUGGUGAAAUUAAAGUCACAACGAUGAAUAUCGUGAGUGAUCGGGACGGGUUCGUGUGGAAGGGACACAAUCAACUAGCUCCUAAACAAGGGGAAAUCCACCAAACACGUGGUUUCCAAGCUACUUCCAUCCUCCAAUUACAUCCCCCUGCAGCUGUCACUGCCUGUGUCCUUCAAGCUGAUUGGGGUUUAGUCGCUGCUGGUACAGCCCACGGCCUUGCACUUUUCGACUACGUUAAAAACAAACCAGUAAUGGUGAAAUGCACACUAAACCCUAACGAUCUCACCGGUGCCGGCGACACGCCCAUUUCCCGUCGCAAGUCCUUCAAAAAAUCCCUUCGCGAAUCGUUCCGACGUCUGCGAAAAGGUCGAUCUACACGUCGAGCAAACCCCGAAAUCACACCUGCCACAAACUCACCCCCUAACCGCAAAACAACCCAAGAGGAUGGUCAAUUCAGUCCGCUCGAAGCCAAACCGGUCGAAAGACAAAUUGAAGCACGCCCCGUUGACGAUUCGAUGAGUUCGUUUGUAAGAUGUCUUUAUUUCGCAAGGACGUUCCUCGUAAAUGUACAAAACACGAACCCAACUUUAUGGGCUGGAACCAACAACGGAACCGUCUAUACCUUCACGAUAACGGUUCCAUCUUCGACGAAACGCGAAACGGACGACGUCACCUGUCACAUCGCCAAGGAAAUUCAGUUAAAGCAUCGAGCGCCAGUUAUUGCCAUUGCGGUGCUUGAUGGUGCAAACAGACCUCUGCCAGAACCACUGGAAGUUGAAAAGGGGGUAGCACCACUUCCAGAUACCACACAACCUCAUCGAGUGAUUAUUGCAUCAGAGGAACAGUUUAAGAUUUUUACUUUACCGGCGGUUAAAGCGUUCUGUAAAUUUAAGUUGACGGCACAAGAUGGUGCAAGAGUGAGACGGAUGGCUUUUGCUACGUUCAGUUGUAAAAAUCCCGAUACGGAUGCGACACAUUCCGAAAUUGAUUUGUUGUGUCUGACGAAUAUCGGAGAGUGCCUUGUUUUUAGCAUUCCGGAUUUGAAGAGACAGUUGAAUGCCGCGGCGAUCAAGAGGGAGGAUAUCAAUGGAAUUUCGUCGUUGGUCUUCACGAAAAGCGCCGAAGCACUUUAUUUGCAUUCCUCAUCGGAGCUUCAAAGAAUAUCUUUGUCAGCUACAUGUGCAACUACUGCCAGAUGUUACCUCCCUCAGCCAGUGGGAGAGAAAGAGGACGCUGCUUCUGAUGCCGGUUCAGAAGGUGAACGGCAAGAGGGACAAGACGUACCGCCGUUAGUUAACGGAAAUGCCGAAGGAAGCGUUGGCGAUAAGGCGGAAGAAGUGCGAGAAAAUGGCGAAGAAACUCCCCACAACGUGACAGUUUCUAGCAGCGUCGGCGAUAUAACAAUCGACAGCGUUAAGGAUUACCUCGGCUCAGGUGAGGAGCUUAACAGACGCAUUUCCGGUAUGUGUGUGACGAAGACUGUCACGACAGUCAUAAACAGUAGUCAAGACGGUGCCGUAACGUCUUCCAGUACGACCACAACCACAACAAGUGCCCAAGACAACAUCAUAGAGAGUGACACGGACGGACCUGCACCGACGUUAGAGAUUAAGAAAAUCCAAGUUAGCGAAAUUCUCCGCGCCCCACUAGCAUUGGCCGAAGAACUGGAUUCGGACGGUCAAUUGAACGGAGACGCAUAAUCGAUGAAAAUAACAAUUGCCAUAUCAACAUGUCCAGUAUUUCGUUUGAUUUUUCUACGAUCGAUUCGGAUUUUAUUGCAUGAACGGUUGGUGUUUUCUUAAUUUUUAAACCAAAACUUUUUAAUUGUGUGUUAAGUAUCGUUACUUAGUUUAAGUAAGUAUUAAAAAUUCCAGUACUUCGUUUGGGACCACGUUGAAAAUUUGUGUUAAAAAUCGCGGAAUACUGCACUUGUUUUUUAUAUAUUUAUAAUCGUAAGAUAAGUGUUAAUAUCAAAGUUAUUUACAAUCAAUAACAAUUGAUGUUGGCGUCAAAUUGUAAAGUAUUUAAAAGGCGUGAUUUUUUAUAUUAUUAUUGAAACAGUAUUCACUGCUUUGUACACGUUUAAGUAACUUAUUCAAAAGGGGGAUUUAAAGUUAACAAAUCGACCAUCGUCUUAUCAAAAAUUUUACACGUUUUUAUACAAAAUGGUGGAGGUUAACGAAUGUGUGUGUGAGUGCAUCCUUUAUGGCCUUAACAUUUCGUUAUAAUAUUUUAUAUUAUGGUAUUUUAUUCACAUUUUAUUGAAGAUUAUAUUUAUGACAGAAACAUCACUGAGUGAAUAAAGUUUUUAUUGGUACAA